CACGAGUGAAGAGCCGCAAGCAAGAGUCGCACCUAGAACCUCACCACAAUCUUCGGCAGCGUCCCUGCGAUAUCCCUCACGACGGCGUAGUAGACGAUCCACGCGCUCCAGCUCUCCUCUGUCUUACGCUUCGCACGUCUUUUCCGACGGCACGCACCAUUCCAGCUCCAUCUUGCGAUAUGGAUACUGCCGGGAAUGCGGCCAACACGGACCGAGACUGCAAGUCGACCAAGACUCCCGGCCGAUCAUGUGGGUGCCGCAGGUUCAAGCGUAGUACGAACCCACCUACGGCGGCAUGCUCAAUGCACCACGAUACGAGCAACGAACCGUCAUGGUCCCCAUCUACAGCUCCCGAAUCACUGCACCUGGCACACCAAGCUCUCGAGCUAGCCGAAGCUCCAGCAAUCUUCACUUGGAACAAGCAGCCUGCGCACAGCCAGUCAGACCUCGAGCUGGCAGCACCGGUACCAUCAAUACCGACCUUGAGCACGCCGGUGCUUCACCACCCAGCAGCUCAAGCGGCGGCUCCAAGGUCAAGUCGGAGGUUCGACCAGUACCGCUCACCAACGCGCACUACAAACACCGCCAUCACCGAAGCCACCUCGCUCAUAAGCGCUCUGGAAGGGCUGCCGCUGGCAGGGAUCCUGCGAACGCCCGCCGAGGAUCUCCACAUACAAUUGCCGAUCCCGAGAAGUCUUGGCGGAGACACUCCCAGUAGCU